AUCUUAGGUUAUUAGCAUUUACAUGGGAAUCACUGUAAAUCUAGCAGAAGCAUGGGAACCUUACAAAGCUGCUAAAACUGCCCUCAACUACACACUGGAUCUUUCAAAUGUCAAAGAGCAGGCAAGCAGAUAUGCUGUGGUCACUGAGCGAGUGCACACUCAGGUGCAGCAGUUUCUCAAGGAAGGCUGUCUAAGGGAAGAGCUGGUGCUGGACAAUAUUCCCAAGCUGCUGAAUUGCCUGCGAGACUGCAAUGUAGCAAUUCGCUGGCUGAUGCUUCAUACUGCAGACACAGCUUGUGAUCCAAAUAACAAACGUCUCCGCCAGAUAAAGGAUCAAAUUCUCACAGACUCAAGGUACAAUCCCAGGAUCCUUUUCCAGCUUCUUCUGGAUACAGCUCAAUUUGAAUUCAUUUUGAAAGAGAUGUUCAAGCAGAUGCUGUCAGAAAAACAAACAAAAUGGGAGAACUAUAAAAAAGAGGGAUCUGAAAGGAUGACUGAGCUUGCUGAUGUCUUCUCAGGAGUUAAACCUCUUACUAGAGUGGAGAAAAAUGAAAAUCUUCAGGCUUGGUUCAGAGAAAUCUCCAAGCAAAUAAUGUCUCUAAACUAUGAUGAUUCCACUGCAGCAGGCAGAAAAACUGUGCAGCUAAUACAGGCACUGGAGGAGGUCCAAGAGUUUCACCAGCUGGAAACUAACCUGCAAGUUUGCCAGUUUCUGGCUGACACCCGCAAAUUUCUCCAUCAGAUGAUCCGAACUAUCAACAUUAAAGAAGAGGUCUUGAUCACCAUGCAGAUAGUUGGUGAUCUUUCUUAUGCUUGGCAAUUAAUUGACAGCUUUACAUCAAUCAUGCAGGAAAGCAUAAGAGUCAGUCCAUCUAUGGUAACUAAACUCAGAGCCACUUUCCUAAAGCUUGCUUCUGCUCUUGACUUGCCACUUCUCCGCAUCAAUCAAGCAAACAGUCCUGAUCUUCUCAGUGUAUCACAGUAUUAUUCUGGCGAAUUGGUUUCCUAUGUUAGAAAGGUUCUACAGAUAAUUCCAGAAAGCAUGUUUACAUCUCUUCUCAAAAUUAUAAAGCUUCAGACUCAUGAUAUUAUUGAAGUGCCUACUCGCCUUGAUAAGGACAAGCUACGAGAUUAUGCUCAGCUUGGACCACGAUACGAGGUUGCCAAGCUAACCCACGCGAUUUCAAUCUUCACUGAAGGUAUCCUCAUGAUGAAAACUACUUUAGUUGGUAUCAUCAAGGUGGACCCAAAACAGUUACUAGAGGAUGGAAUAAGGAAGGAGCUGGUAAAACGGGUAGCCCUAGCUCUUCACAGGGGACUCAUCUUUAAUCCUAGAGCCAAGCCAAGUGAACUGAUGCCCAAACUGAAAGAAAUGGCAGCUACAAUGGAUGGGUUCCAUCGAUCAUUUGAAUAUAUCCAGGAUUAUGUCAACAUAUAUGGUUUAAAAAUUUGGCAAGAAGAGGUGUCUCGUAUUAUUAACUACAAUGUGGAACAGGAGUGCAAUAACUUCUUAAGAACAAAGAUUCAGGACUGGCAAAGCAUAUACCAGUCUACUCAUAUUCCUAUACCAAAAUUCACCCCUGUGGAUGAAUCUGUAACAUUUAUUGGUCGGCUUUGUAGAGAAAUCCUGAGGAUCACAGACCCAAAAAUCACAUGUUACAUUGACCAAAUGAACACCUGGUAUGAUAUCAAAACUCAUCAGGAAGUAACCAAUAGUCGUCUCUUCUCAGAGAUCCAAGAUACUUUAGGUACCUUUGGUCUCAAUGGUUUAGACAGGCUUCUGUGUUUCAUGAUUGUAAAGGAACUGCAGAAUUUCCUCAGUAUGUUUCAGAAAAAUAUAUUGCGUGACAGGACAGUACAGGAUACCUUAAAAGCACUUAUGAAUGCUGUCAGUCCUCUCAAAGGAAUUAUAGCAAAUUCAAACAAGGUUUAUUCCGCUGCAAUUGCAAAAACUCAGAAGAUCUGGACGGCAUAUUUAGACUCCAUAAUGAAGGUUGGUCAGAUGCAGAUUUUAAGACGACAGAUUACCAAUGAAUUAAAUUAUUCCUGCAGGUUUGACUCCAAGCAUUUGGCUGCUGCUUUGGAAAAUCUCAAUAAAGCAAUACUGGCUGACAUUGAAGCACAUUAUCAGAACCCAUCACUACCUUAUCCUAAAGAAGACAACACUCUUUUGUAUGAAAUCACAGCUUAUCUGGAAGCAGCUGGCAUUCACAAUCCACUAAAUAAGAUCUACAUAACAACAAAACGUCUGCCGUAUUUUCCCACCGUCAACUUCCUAUUUCUCAUUUCCCAGUUUCCGAAACUUCAGUACAACAGAAAUUUAGGAGUGGUGUGCAAGCGGCCAGCUGAUCAAAUUGACUGGCUUCCUUUAGUUCUGGGACUCCUUACCCUGUUGAAACAGUUUCACUCAAGAUACACAGAACAAUUUCUGGCUCUGAUCGGUCAGUUUAUUCGUUCAAUGAUGGAACAGUGCACAAGCCAGAAGAUACCAGAAAUGCCUGCUGAUGUAGUGGGUGCACUCAUGUUCCUGGAAGAUUACAUUCGCUACACAAAGUUACCAAGAAAG